AUGGCCACUAGUACCAAUACUUCACCCAUUAUUCAAUUAACUGCACUUGCGAAUUUUCCCAUCAGACUCACAACCUCAAAUUAUUCAGUUUGGCGAAAACAAAUCCAAUCCGCAUUGAUUGGUCUUGCCCUUGAAGGUUACAUUGAUGGCACAACAAAGGCAUCGGCAAAAUAUUCUGAUACUACUCAGACCACUGUGAAUCCAGCCUAUCUUGCUUGGUACAGGCAAGAUCAUGUUAUUUUGAAUGCCAUCCUCGGUAGUUGCACCGACUCUAUUCAACCAACUAUUUCUUCUGCUUUGACACCAAAAGCAGCUUGGGAUCGUUUGAAGGAAAGCUUUGCUAGCCCAUGUCGCACUCGGAUUGUUUCGCUAAAGUCAAAAUUAGCGUCCAAUCCGAUUAAUGGUCGUUCCAUUGAAGAGUUUUUGGAUGAUAUGUUUGCUAUCUCUGAUGCACUUGUCCUUGCGCAAAGUCCAGUAAGUGAGGAAGAUUUAGUUGUGACCGCCUUAGCACAAUUGGGAGAUGAGUUUGAACCCAUUGUUGAAGCCAUUUGUGUCCGUCCGGAACCUAUUACGUUCUCUGAACUCAAAAAUGUAUUAAUCGCUUUUGAGCAUAAGCAAAAGAAAAAAUUUGAUGCACAACAUUCUCUCCUUGCUACAGCAAAUGCCACCCAGAAAUCCUCUAAUCGACAAUAUCAGCCCAACCGCAACUCUAGUGGUCGAAACUCCAACAAUCAACAUGUUGGGAUAAACAGUUCUCGCCCUACUCAAUCUUUUACUAAUACAAAUAAAUUUGGUCGUAAAAAUGUCACAUGCAGGUUCUGUAAUAUUUAUGGUCAUGAAGUGCGAGACUGUCGGAAGCUUAUGCGGUUUCUUCGUGAUAAUAAUGUUAACAUGAACAACUUUGGGCAACAGCCGGCCGUGAUCAAUGCUAUAGCAUCACCGCAUACUGGUUCGCAACAAUGGUUGUUUGAUUCUGGUGCCUCGCACCAUGCUGCUUCAUCACCCUCAUUAUUGCAGUCAGUCUCUGAUUAUGGUGGGCCUGACGAGAUCCAACUUGGUGACGUGGCUAAUUCGCAGAUUCUGUCUUCUGCUAACUCCGACCAACCAGUCGAACGUCUCCAUCCGUUACAACCUGCUUCCACUGCUCCAAUCACACAGAGUACUCCCACCAACCAGCCACCACCUCCCACCGCUCAGCUGUCACAACCUUCCACCGACCAUCUGCCACUUUCUUCUACUGUCUAG